UAGCAAAAGGCCAAACUACAUAGGAUAGAGUGAUCCUAUGGAAAAGAAGACUGUCACAGCAAACACUUCUCUCCAAGAAUGGCUCUAAUGGCCGUUUCUCAAAUAACUACUUUAACGAUCUGCAACACCGGCAUAACGGCCACCUCAGGUCCCCAGAAACUCCAUAAGCUAAACACGAAACCUCUAAACUCAACAAUCAAAUCUCUCUCUAAAAUCGGCAAAUUAGACGAAGCUCUUCACCAGAUCGAAUCCCAACCGUUGAAAUCUCCCUCCACCCACCUCAGUCCGGACUCCUAUGCCGCCGUCCUCCACGCCUGCAUUUCAAGAAAAUCGUUCGAACACGGCCAAAGGCUAUACCUCCACCUUCUCCUCCACCACGCCAACGGAGACUUUCUCAGCAACCCUAUACUGAAAUCCAAGUUUAUUACCCUCUUCUCUGUUUGUGGCCGCCUCGACGAGGCUCGCCGUGUUUUCGAGCAUGGUGUUGAGGCCGAGAAUCUGCCCGAGUCUGUCUGGGUGGCGAUGGCUAUUGGGUACUCCAAAAAUGGGCGUUCCAAAGAAGCACUGUUUCUUUAUUCUGAAAUGCUGUCCCAUGUCAACGAACCCGGGAAUUUUGCAUUUUCCGUUGCGGUGAAGGCUUGUUCGGAUUUGUUGGACUUGACAGUCGGUAGAGCGGUUCAUGCCCAGAUUAUAAAAUCUACUACGGAGCCUGACCAAGUUGUAUACAAUGGCCUUUUGACUAUGUACAUGGAAUGUGGGUGCUUCGAAGAUGUGCUGAAGGUGUUUGAGAAAAUGCCUGAAAGGAAUGUUGUUAGUUGGAACUCUUUGAUUUCGGGUUUUGUUAAGAGAGAUAUGGUAUUUGAGGCCUUUGAAACCUUCCGGAGAAUGCAAAGAGCAGAGGUGGGGUAUAGCUGGGUAACUUUUACUACAAUUUUGGCACUAUGUGCUGAUCUAACAUCAAUUUACAGUGGGAAAGAGAUACAUGCUCAAAUUGUGAAAUCAUCUGGGACACCGGACGUUCUAGUGCUUAAUUCAGUCUUGGAUAUGUAUGCCAAAUGUGGAGAAAUAAAGUACUGUCAAAGAGUGUUUGACAAAAUGAAGUACAAGGAUCUAACAUCAUGGAAUACUAUGAUUAAUGGGUUUGCAAUCAAUGGAUUUAUGGCAGAAGCUAUGGAGUUGUUUGAUGAGAUGGCUGGCUGUGGAGUUAAGCCUGAUGGGGUGACAUUUAUUGCUUUAUUGUCUGGUUGUAGCCACAAAGGGCUUACCGAUCUUGGGCAAGUAUUGUUCAAGAGAAUGAGUUCAGAGUUCAGAAUCGAGCCUUCUGUAGAGCAUUAUGCUUGUUUGGUGGACGCAUUAGGUAGAGCCGGGAAAAUCAAAGAGGCUUUGCAAGUUGUGAAAAGGAUGCCUAUGAAACCAAGUGGUAGCGUUUUGGGAUCAGUACUAAAUUCAUGUAAAAUCCAUGGAAAUGUCUCUCUUGCAGAGGCAGUGACAAUACGACUCUUUGAGAUGGAACCGAACAAUGCAGGAAACUAUAUAAUGCUAUCGAACAUCUAUGCUAAAGCUGGGAGUUGGGAGAGAGUUAAAAAACUGAGGGAGAUGAUGGAGAAGAGGGGGGUUAAAAAAGAUGCUGGAUGCAGCUGGAUACAGGUUAAAAGUAAAGUGCACACUUUCGUCGCUAGUGGUGGUUUUGAACUCCGUAAUUCAGAUGAAUAUAAGAAAAUGUGGAAUGAAUUAGAGGAAGCUAUUGAAGCAGCUGGGUAUAAACCCGAUACAGGCGUCGUUCUUCAUGAUGUGAAUGAAGAAAUGAAGGCAGAGUGGGUUUGUGGGCACAGUGAGAGGCUAGCAACAGUGUUUGGGUUGAUUAAUACAGGUUCUGGAGUUCCCAUUAGGAUCACAAAGAAUCUUCGUGUUUGUGCAGAUUGUCACACUUGGAUGAAAUUUGUAUCAGAAGUAACACAGAGAAGAAUUAUAUUGAGAGAUACAAAUAGGUUCCACCAUUUUGAAAAAGGGGACUGCUCUUGCAAUGACUAUUGGUGAUGUCCAAGCUGAUGUUAGAAGAUACUACUCCUUAUACCAAAGGAAAAGGGCUGCUAAUACCAAAAUGAUCCCUACAGUACCGACUACACCCGCAAGAAUAGGUUUCUUCUUUCCUGAACUAUUCCCUGGAGAAGAUGCUACCAGUUAGGUGAUGCUUCCAAGACUCAGUGCUUAAGAAAUUAAAGAUAUAUAUAUAUACCUCUUCCUAGGAAGGGUGUUAUGUCAGUUGUCUGGUUAUCAGCAAAAAAAGGGGUGUCUGAAUAUCUCAAGAAACAUCCUGCAUCAACCCCAGCUCUUCCAUCCGCAGAAUUAGGUAAACAAUCCUUUAUGUUAUUGUAAGCUACUGACAAACAAUCUUUACAGUUGCUUUCGCUCAUGGUUUCAGCACAUUGCGCCACCGCAUAGGUGGUAGCACCACCAGGAGAUUCCUCCUGAAGCUUUGCUGCAGCGUAAAAGCCAUGAAUUCUGGGCGUUGCAAGUAGAAGCUCAUUUAGUUGUUGUGCUGCUGUGGCAUUGAAAAUAUUUUGUUUGCUGGCAGUUCGAUUACCACAAACUCGAUAGGUUCCUCCUAUAAUCUCAUCUAUACUCUGGUCAUAGAAGUAACCAUUGUUGUACCUAUACAAAUUAAAACAAACAAAUUAAGCAAAGGCACGUACAGGCCAGAUUGAAGCA